AUGACUAGUAGUCCAGUCUCAUACAGACUUCUCAGAACAGGGGACAGUCUUCCUUCUCUAAUUCUCCCGCAAAUUUCUCGUGACUCUCUCGACGACGGUCUCGUUCUCCGAGUCUCUCAACCGUCUUUUUGUAGCACCGCGACCCGUAAUGGUCGCCUGCGGGUGUUUACGCACGUGACGACGAUGUGCCGACCGAUCGCGGUCUCUCUCGUCUCUCUCUCCCGUCUGGCCUCUUCCGUCUCGCUCGACCGUCUGCUUCUUCCGUCUCGCUCGACCACAUAUAAUUUCUUCUUAUUCUUCUUUCUUUUUAUUCAUUAUCUAUUUCCAUUUUCUUUCUAUAUUUUCUUAUUUGAUUUGUCGCCUUUGUUUCUCUGUUUUAUUCUUAUUUUUACUUCUAACUCCCCCCCCAUUCAUUUCUACGCUUUUUUUUUUCUUCUGCUUUCAUCCUUUUUUGUAGUUGCUUUCUCACAAUAUUUUAUUCUCUCUUUCUUUCCUUUUUUUUCUCUCUGGUUAACUUCUACCACUUUUCUAAUUAUACCUCCUACUCUCUCUCUCUCUCUCUCUCUCUCUCUUUCUCUAUCGAACCCCUCUUCUUCCUCUCUCUCUCUCACUCUCUCUCUCAUUAUAACCUUCUUUCUUUCUUUCUUUUAUGGCGGACUUCUGACUCCAUUCCAACACAUUCUUAUCUGUCUCACCCAACUUCUAUUUCCGAGUGUAUCUAUGCAUCUACCGAUUUAA